GCAGCCGAGGAAAAACAGCCUUCGAUCCGUAUGAAAGAGGAGGGUAAUCAGUGCUUCCGUGAGAAGCGCUACCACAAAGCCAUCGAACUCUACACCCAAAGUCUGCAGUUAGUGGUUUCGGCUACUGUAUUAGGUGACCUUUAUUUGAAUGGCGUUGUUACGGUAUUGAAAUGGAGGUUUGUGACCAGUUUCCUCCAAUGUUUGUAUUUCGAUGCUUCACAUUGUCCAGUAUUGCACAUAACGCCGCCAGGUUUCGUGACCAAGCGAUGGAUUGAUUUUUUUAUUGCAUUGAACAACCACGCUUCCAACGAUUUACCCCUUCAUCGUGGGUGGGAGAUGUUCUUGAUUGUCGAGCUGCGAUGUGCUGCAAGUGGAUUUAUUCCUCCAGCAGGGCCUCCCUAG